GGAACCGCUUCUGUAUUACGUUUUGAUGAAAAGAGCAAAGAGACUCCAAUACAUUCAGAGUCAAAAGCUUACACGAGAGAAGAGCCACGCCCACCUGAGUAUUUAGUUGCCAAGUCUCUUCUAAAUGUUUUCCGACAGCUUUGUGUAUUGAAGUGAAAGUUGUCUCUCCUGUUUCCAGCUUUUCUAUUAGAUGCGAAAAAAACAAGAUCUAUUGGUUAUUUGACAUAAAGUGGAUUUGUGUGGCUUGAUUAAUAAUUAGUAAAAUGAAAAAUUUGCUAAGAGGUUGCCACGGUGGUGCAACAAAGGCUGACUACAGGGGCGGAGCUUGAGCUAGUCAUAAAGUUGAUUGACGAGAGAAGUACACAAAGAGGCGGAGCUACACUAUAGACAGCCACUGGAAGGGCGACUCUUGUUUCCAGGGGGCAGAGCCUCGGCCAUGAUUGGCUCUGGUUAUGGAGGAGGAGGAGCUUCUUGCUGUCUAGUGUGUGUACCUGUUGUAAAGGAAGUAUUAAGCCUUGUCAGGAAUUACAUGUCAGUCUGGUGGACUUUGCCGUGAGUGUUACACGCGCGUGUAUGUAACAACGUAACGGGUACAUAAACUAGCCUGCAGCGGUGUGUCUGGUGCAGCCAAGUGGCAGGAGUGUGUGCGUGUGCGUGCCAGCCUGCGUGGGACCAGCCCCGGCCCAACCACCCGCAGCGGCGGCGUGCUGGUUGGACCCUAGGGAGGCCCUAGCCCCUGGGCACGUCGUCCCCGUCCCAACCCUGUGUCUCGCCACGCCCCCGUCUACCCCCGCCACCCGCGCCCACAUGGCCGCCGCUGCUGCCCCGCCCGUACCCGCCUGACCCCACAUGGGACCCGUCACCACUACACCCCAUGACAUUUUUAUUGUACUUGUAGGCUGCUGCACCAUGUCAGGGCUAAACUCUGGGCUGUGUUAGUGAGGACAGUGCUAGUGAACCCUUAGUAACUUGAGUCUUGCUUCUGUACUCCAUAUCCAGUGCCAGCAGUGACGCCAGGACCCACCAGGGCCUCCGGAUGGCGGGGUAAGGGCUAGAACGCCCAACUCUGCCUGCCACCACCGCCACGAUCCUCACCAGUGGGCCUCCACAAGACCAUGACGAUGACCACGCCACCAUACGGCCAGCCCCUCGGCUACCAACAGACCGCUCAGUACAAUGCUCCAGGCUAUGGCUUCCCUCCCAUGUACCCCCAGGGCUCCUAUGGUUACCACAUGGGACCCUAUGCCCCAGUCCAGUGCCCCUCGCCACCCAGAGACGAUGCAUGGUACAAGCACUAUUAUGAAGAGGAUGGGGCCGAGAAUCGAACCCUGAGGUACCCCACUUGUUACGCUCAGCCAUUCGGACGCUUCCCUGUUCAACACUACUCUCUGUUUAAUAUCGACAAGCACGAACUGGAUGGCGUACGGGUCAACGGGAAGGGCAAGAAGAUGAGAAAGCCGAGGACCAUCUACUCGUCACUGCAGCUACAGCACCUUAACAAAAUAUUCCAGAGGACCCAGUACCUCUCCCUGCCGGAGCGCGCGGAUCUGGCUGCUUCCCUGGGACUCACUCAGACGCAGAUCAAAAUCUGGUUUCAAAACCGCCGAAGUAAAUACAAGAAAUUGAUGAAGGCAGCGCAGAGUGGCAGUGGGCCCAGCACGCCCAUGGGGGCCCCCAUCACCCCGGGUUCACCCCUCGCCGGGUCCCCGCUGGAGGGGUCAUCCCCUCUUGGGCAACCUCUACCCUCAUCCACCCCUCAGAGCAUCUCCCCAGCGCCCCCCACCGCCCAGAGCCCCCCUUCCUCUCACCCAUACACCAGCAUGAGCACAGCCAGCACCCCACACGGGCCCUCGUCCCAGGGGCCCUCACCAUCGGGGCCCUCACAAUCGCAGCAGCAACAGGGACAACAGCAGUCGCAACAGUCGUCGCAGCAGUCGUCUCAGCAGCAGUCUAGCCACACUCCGUCGUCCCAGGCGGCGACGUCCGUCAGUGACCACCUGCCGCCUCCCCUACCCUCCUCCCUGCCGCCCUCUGCCUCCUCUCCCGGCCUCGCUGCUCACCACUGGGGGGACAUGAAGCCGCCCGUCUCCGUGCCCUACAUGUACUCCUGGUACGCAGCAGAAAAUCAGCACAACUUGCUCACUUAAGUUCUCUCACACGCCACCCACCUGCUGUAGACUGUUGCUUGCCCUACUGGGAAUGUCCCCCACAUUCCCCUUCUGCUCUGAGGAAGCCAGAGCUUCCCAAGACACCGUCGCCCCUUUCCCGCCGCCGACCUUUUCCUAGUUGACGUCGAAGGGCGGUACACGGAGACAGUCAGGUGAAUAAGACGGUUACUUUAUUCCAUUGUAUCCGCGAGCAUGAGAUAUGCGGGAAGUUUACUCGGAAACGGCGAGUAGUGCGCAAUCGUCUCGCUGAAAGGUGACGCCUGUGUGAGUCUCACCUGUCACCAUUACCAAAGAUUCCAUUCAGUUGUACUUAAGACACUUGCCAAGCCCAGGACUGUCAGGAGAGUUGUACACACCCGAGCGCUGACCCAUGAUCACCCAGACACCAACCAGCUCCUCCUCUGCUACACUCUAUCAGGUGCUGUUCGCCACUUCUCUACCUCCCCUCUCCUAACCCUCUCCCCAUGUGAAGGGCUCUAAAAUGGACGAGGUGUCUUGCGGAACUCAAGUGACGAUAAAUAAGUUGUUCUGAAUCAGAUAACAGUGGCAGACAAUCUGUUGAUUCGACGUGAGCUGUGAGCCAGGGUUUGCUCGAUUAUGGGGUGCUAGACAAAGAAAACUGUGUGAUACAUUGACAAUCAUUUGGUAACGUUCCCUUCUAAAUGGGAAUACGGUCGAAAGUGGCCGAGGGAAAUUACCUGUGCUCUGGUGUGCAUUGUACUAGUGAAGUGUGCAUGUGCAUAUCAGUAUAUGGUGGCUCGUACAAAACCUGAGUUUUUUUUUUUUAGCGUUUAGCGUAGAUUUGCUGUGUUCUAGAGCAUCGACGAGUUACAAGAACUUUUGACAGUGAUGUCAACAAACUGUGCCGAGUUGGAGAGUGUCGAGCUUUAAAGUCUCUGGAGGAAUACAUCUCCACACAGAUAACAAUGAUGACACGUCUCUCGGUGGGGAGGAGCACAUGACUGGAUUCACUGUCCCACGUAUGCCCCUUCUCUCCCUCCCUCCCUCCCUCCCACUUAUGUAAGCGACAAACUCGGCUACUGGUAGGGUCAUCAGAACACACUAGCUCCCAGCUAAAGACGGCCCCUUCUCAAAACAUGUUAAACAAGAGCUAACGGAAUCAGCAAUUAACAACAAAAGAAAAAUACAAACACAAUAACCAGCUGCUCUCUUGUCCAGAAUCUUGCAACGUUUUCUCCCCAUUUUUAUUUUGAUAAAAGCAAAUUUUAGUAUUCAAAAUAAGUCUCUUUCUGUAGGCUUCUUCGUUUCACUUAGAUCUCGAAUUGUCUUUAUAUUGUGUUUCCAUGAUACUUAAAUAAGUGUUGACAUAUUGGUUCGAUCCUCCCUUAGCUCUCGUUGACUUGUCCUUGGUGAAAUGGGAAAGACCUUCUCCCACCCCCAUCCCUCCACUCCAUUGUCCCCUUUACCUCCCUCCUCUCCAUUAUUUUCUCCUCCCUGUGCUUGCUGCUUCAUAGGACCCAUAUUCGUAGCGUUUGGUACUGGUUGGUGUAAGCCACAGCAACGUUGACAUAGAACGCUGGAGAAGUGAACACAUAAUUAAAAUAAAUAAAUGAUAAAUAAAUAAAUAAAUAAAUACCAAAUGCACUCGUAACUUUGGGCAAUAUAAUGAGUCUGAAUGAGAGUGUCUUUAGAUAACUAUUUUUUUUAGGUUAUCGAUGGCGUUUCUCCCUAGGUUCUGGGCGUAUAUAAACCUGUGUUAUAUUCUCUCAGAUCACACACAGAACACACAUAUCAGGAGUGGAAGGAGUCCUCUCACAGCGAGGACCAUACCUGGUAACACCCUGCAUUAGGAUACUGAAACAUAUUAGUUCCCCAUGACGCUUGAGCUCAAAGAAAGCUAUUGGUCAAUCUUAUAGAGACUUCACAGCUAACCCACAAACUGAAUAUGAAACUACAUUACGUUUCGGUUCGUCCAAGACCAUUAUUAAAUCUGGGACGGUUCAAGAAGUCUUCUAACUUCAAAUCCGAUUUGUGCGUAGAAUAUGAAUUGUUCUACCCACGGUAUUGUGACUUUUAUUCUUAUUACAGAAACUAUUACAACCGUAGCGUUACGUGACCUGAUAUGCCCUUUCUCUCCUAAUGUGGUUUACCUUCAAAUGAGACUGUUUGCAUUUUGACAUGUAUGUAAACUAUGUGUACAUUGUGUGUAAGUGUUGUACCUUAUUCAUGAACAAAUCUUAAAACAGUCUAAGCUUUGCCUAAAGCUGAUAUUAUUUUCUUAAAACCCCUGUUACUCUAAGAAGAUUAAUAAUGUUAAAUAUACUGGUAUACACCACUCCUUUGUAAUUAUGUUUUUUUAUGUAUUUAAAUGAUUCAUAUUUAUUGCAAAUUUGUGCUUUUUUUUUAUCGACGAUUGCUGCAAAUUUUUCUUUUAAAGGAAAUUAUAUGUUUUUGUUUUAACAUUGAGUGGAAUUUGUACAUUAACAUUACCAAACGCUGAGAAAUGCUGUAGAGUUAGAAUGAACUGUUCAACAUGUUCAAUUGGUCAUGCUGUUGUACAGAUGCUGUUUUGAAUGGCUUGUGCUGUUCACCACGACGCUGUUCUAUACGGCUUGUGCUGUUCACCACGACGCUGUUCUCUACGGCUUGUGCUGUUCACCACGACGCUGUUCUAUACGGCUUGUGCUGUUCACCACGACGCUGUUCUCUACGGCUUGUGCUGUUCACCAUGGCGAAGGUGGCAAUGCUGUUAUGCUGUAUGAAAGGAUAUUGGUUGCCCCAUCCUUAUGUUAUUUUCUUACCUCUGUGUGUACCUGUGGUGAACACCGGUGCUGGAACUGGAAAAUCCGAACGCCGGAGUCUGUACCAGAAAAUGUGAACACCGGUUUUGAAACCGGACAGUGUGAGCACCGACUUCGAAACCGGACAAUAUGAGCACCGGUUUUGAAACCGGACAAUAUCAGCACCGGUUUUGAAACCGGACAAUGUCAGCACCGGUUUUGAAAACGGACAAUGUCAGCACCGGUUUUGAAAACGGACAAUGUGAGCACAGGUUUCGAAACCGGACAAUGUGAGCACCGGUAUCGUAACCAGAAAAUGCGAACACUGGAUUUCAAACUGGAAUAUUAAUAGAAAUUGUUUCAAUCGUGAAUGAAACUCGUAAAAAAAAAAAAAAAAAAGAGUUGCUAUUCUGAGAUUGUCAUUGCAAUACGUUGUGUGUAUUAUUUUAAUAUGUUCAUGUGUAAUUUUUUUCCCUUGUACUAGCAAAUAUGAGAUUUUAGGGUAACACAAUGUUUAUUUUUCGAAUAUAUAGGAAAGUGGGUAAGUUAGACUGGUGUUAUUUUUUUUUGUUAUUCUGAGUAUUUUUUACAAGCACUUAGAUUUUUUCUCUUUCUUUCCAUCAUUAUUAUUAAAUCUGGAAAUUAAAUUAUUGCUGAUAAGUGAUGUUAGUAUUACAAUGACGAUAAUAAUAUCAGUAUUAGUACUACCACGAUUAUAAUUAAUAUUGCUGUUAUCCUCAAACAUUAUUAUUAUUUAUGUAAAUGGACACAAACAUAACGUUCCUAAUAUAACGUUUUUAAACGACUGUAUAGUCACCGGUAACUGUGUUAAACCUAACAUAAUAUUUAGAACGUUACACGAGUGUCUAUAUACCCGUUUUAUUGUCGGUAAUUUUAUAUUUUUCUUAUAUUAUUUCGUUAGGAUGUUUCUCAGGACAGUAAUGCUCACCACGGUACCAUAGAGUUUUAAACGUAGUACCCAAACUGACUCUACUGUGAAUAUGUCUGUCUGUUCAAGCCAUUCGGUGUCUCCUUAGUGAGAAAUGAUGUAAUGUUGAAAGAAUUAAAAACGAAAGCAAAACCAU